UCAAUCUUCAUACGCUUGUCACGCCAAUAUUUAUGGCACCAUUGCUACAAUACGAAGAUGAGCAUUUGACACAAACAAAGGGGCCGGCAUUUUAGGAAAAGAAAAACAAUUGAAAAAGGCAAUUGAAUUUGACAAACGACACAUCUUGGAGCCCUAAUCCAGCAGAUUUGUCUGAUUUGUUCCCUUUUUUCUGCAAUUUAAUGGAGACAAACUAAUCCCGAUCCUAAUUGAUACAAGAGACAAAAUAGGAAAAAACAGUUAUAACUGUUUAUGACUUGGAUUAGCAAACAGCAACAAAACAGAAGACAUGCAUGGUUGUAAGAAGUGUCAUUUAACGCAUGGAUUUCCACGCGGGACCAUUUGAAUAAAAAGGUACUGAGAGUGAUUAAUUGAUAGUUUUUUGUUCAUACUGGUCACGCACUCACUUUUAUCUGGUCCAGAACAAAGCAUAAAUAACUCCAAAUGUCAUUGAUGUUUAACGUACUAGAACAAUGAUUCUCAUCCUCCUAUCUGUGCACUAAAUUUACAUUCAAUAACAUAUGACUCCCUAUUGUUACAAGAUCCCGCCUUAUUCGUUCACGUGAACCUUCAAUUUGUCACACAUUAGCAUAAAAACACAUUCGAUUCAAUUCACGAUUUGUUCUCAGAUGUCGACAUGAAUGAAAUUGAUUAAACGUUAAGACGUGUCCUUGACAAAACUUCGGCUCCUCAGACUGCGAUAAUUGCGUCCAUCGAUUCAUAGUUGAAGUUGAGAAGGACGAUGCGGUUGAACGAUUGACAUGAGUGCCGAAGAAUUCAGCAAGAUCUUGACUCGGAAACAGGCCUCAUUCCUCUGUAUCAGCGACCUCAUCGAGGAUUAUCUAGGGUCCCAAUCGGCCUCAUUGGAGUACCCGUUCCAGCUAGUCCAGGCACCCUACACCUUCUUGAGGAUCCGGAAGGAGAAGAAGUACAAGUUGAGGAAGAAUGACAGCAAGAUUUACAGACAGGCAGUGCUGGACUACGCCAACAUUCAAGACAAACCGGGGCAGAUGGCGAAAGACAAGCAGCACCUCAUUUUAUCUCUGACUCCUUCGGGAACCGAAGAGGAAAAGAGCUACAAGAGUCUGUCAUCAACGCCUUGCGGAUCCCUGCACAGCGUCCGAUCUAGAUCACAGGCGAAUCUCGCCAAUGCUGGCACAGCCGGAUCUUCCGAGAGCAACCAGAGUAGAGGAGCUCGGUUUAAGAAACAAUCGCCGUCCAUGUCGCCAAGACACAGGAAGAAAGCGUCCAGUACCGAGAGGGUUCUAUCGCCCACCAAUCACAACGCGAUUCACAUAGUGGAAGCAAGCCCAGCAGUCAUUGAUGACCGACUGCAUCAGAGUGGGAGCUCCGGAGGCUUUGCUUCUCAAAUUGAUGCCUUGUCACUCCUGCCGAACAAAAUGUCUCCACGUCAUCUUGCAUUUCAAGCGUCACAUCGCCAUUCGCCAAUGACCAACGAAACAGCUCAAGGCGCCUACUCAGCGAAAACUUCCAAACUCCACAAACCACCGGCACCUCCGCCUCCAGCAAGAAUGUCAAACGAAAACCGAACGCCUCAAACGCCGUCUAAAUUUCCACGUGAAGCCGGUACUACAAAUCUAACUUAUCAAUCGUUGACCUCACAUCCUAAUUAUGGAAACAGUUUUGCUCCGAAUUCUUUCGACAGCAGUUUCCAUUCAAACAAUUCUUGGUAUCAUAGCGACGACGAAGACGAAGACGACGAUGUUCACGAAACACUUGACGAACUAAAUCAAUCGCCCCGACAUAAAUCAGAGCAUGGAAGGGCACUUCUAACUAAUGGACACGGUCCAAGCAUAGCUUCCAAUUGGCCAAAUAAAACAAAUCUUCCCACUAAUCAGAACAACUUGCCACCCACGGAACACUUCAUUUUAUCAACCAGUGAAGUUGCAACCACAGAAUCGGGUCAGCACCAGAUAUUCGCCCCUUAUCACAUCUUGUCAUCAAACCCUCCAAACAACGAUCCAGUUUGUAGUAGUAGCAGACCAGUUCCCCGCCACAGUUCUCUGAACUCUGCUGUUCCUGGAAACGGAAUCCAUCCAAUCGCUGCUAAUCUAGAAACAUCGAAAAGUGAACUGAACCAGCGAAUAAGUGUUUUGUUUGGAAAAAUUGGAAGUAGUGCUUUUGAACUUCUUGACGAACACAAAGAAAGUUUGGGCGACUGUGUUAACAAUGAGUACACUUUAGCUUCGCUAUUCGAGCACAAAUCGGGAUCUCUGUUCUUUUACGGAAUGGUCGAUACAAUUUUCUGGAACUCCCAUUCCAAAACUAUGAGUUUAGUCGAGUUUCAGACUACAGUGAAAGCCACGCCCUCUCCAUAUCACCUCUUGCAGCUCUACUGUUUCAAGGAAAUUGCAGACAAGAAGAAAAUUUGUAAGAGAAUUAAGUUGUACGUUUUGGGACUGCAUUUGGAAUCCGACGGACCUCGGUUGAAAUUGUGGAGGUACAAAGCGACAGGAGCGAUGCCGAGUUUGAAAGCUCUUCUAUUCGACUCUAAAUUACAGACACAGGAAAGACUUUAUUCAUGCCCCGAGUUUAACUUUAUGGGCCGACUAAAGCAAGGCAAAGAAGUCGUGUAUGAAAUGGUAUGAACAAAUUUCUCAUCCAAUAAGUCCGAAUUUUCUCUGCCAGCUUUUCUUCAUUCAGUAUGUGAUAUUUACAAUUUUCGAAUUGACGAUGUUUGAUAGAUAUAGAUUGCAAAUUUAGUUUUCUAUCCUCAAAAAAAUUGACACGAUGAAAGUUU